GAUUAUUUCCACCAGCUUAUCUGCGUCACAGAAAGGGAAAAGUUUAUUGUGCCUAUCCGAGCUAUAGGUGCCCGAGCUAUGCUGGACUUCCCUGACCAGCUGAACUUCUCUGUCUGUCCAGUCAAGUACAGCACCCAGAAAACUCUACUGGUUCGCAACAUCGGUAAUCGGGAGGCCCGCUACUGCAUCAGCACUGAGAGCCCUUUCUCUAUUGAUCGCUCCAUUGGGACUCUCGGGAUUGGUGAUGCCAUGCAAGUAACAGUGGAGUUUCACCCACUGAAGACUGGGGAUCAUUCCAGAUCCCUGAUAGUUCACUAUGACACAGGUGAAAAUAUUCACACAAGCCUUUAUGGAGCGGCUGUAGAUGUCAAUAUCAGGCUAGACAGGAAUUCCUUGACACUUGAGAAGACUUACCUCACGCUGUCAAACUACAGAUCUAUGGUCAUCCACAAUCAGAGUGAAAUCAUAGCCCACUUCCAGUGGAAGGCUUUUGUUACUCAGGAAGAGGAGAAUCAUCAGAAGCUGAGGCUGUGUCGCAGGCUGCAGAAGCAGAAAGAGGACGAGAAGGAUUAUUCUCUCAAGAAGUGCGUGAUGGACCCCACUCUCCAAGAACGCCUUUCCCUUCUCUCCCGCACCUUCCAGAGCCAGAGGGCAAAGGUGCAAGGUGACUCCAUGCUUUCCUCUGAUGAUACCUUCACCAUUGAGCCGGCGGAGGGAGAUAUCUGGCCAAAUUCUUCAGCUGAAAUUAAAGUAAUCUUUAAACCCCAAGAAGCCAGAGUCUAUCAACAAACGGUCUACUGUGACAUCUCAGGUCGUGAGACCAGGCUGCCCCUACGUGUCAAAGGGGAAGGCAUUGGGCCCCGGCUCCGCUUCAACUUUGACCAGCUGGACAUCGGGAAGGUUUUUAUUGGAUCAGCCCACAGCUAUGAGGCGAUCCUGUUUAACAAAGGACCCAUUGAUGCUUUCUUCAACUUGAUCCCUCCAGCUACAGCUCUGGGCACCUGCUUCACCUUUCUACCCCAGGAGGGUACCAUUUUGCCAGACAGGCUCCAAGUCAUCCAGAUCUCCUUCAGCUCCACCAUCCUGGGGCAGUUCAUGGAAGAAUUCAGGUUCACUGUGAAUGGAUCCCCUGAGCCUGUGACCUUGACUAUCAGGGGCUGUGUCAUCGGACCAACUUUCCAUUUCAAUGUACCUUCCCUCCACUUCGGUGAUGUCUCCUUUGGUUUUCCUUGUACCUUGUCAUGUCGCCUCACUAACACCUCCUUGGUGCCCAUGACGUUCAAACUUCGCAUUCCUGGGGAUGGCUUGGGAGAGCCAAGUGUUACCAGUUUUGUUCAGAUAGCAGACAACACUCGCCCAUCCUGGAGAAAAGGAGCCCAAAGUCAUGUCAAGCCAACCGAAUUUACCAUAACACCCUCCAGAGGGACCAUCCGCUCCCAGGGACACCUGGAUAUCCAGGUCACCCUGUGUUCCAACACCGUCAGGAGCUAUGAGCUGGCACUGGUGGUGGACGUGGAUGGUGUUGGCAAGGAGGUGUCGGCGCUGCUCCUCACAGCCAGAUGUGUGGUUCCUCUGCUGCGAGUGCUCAACCCCAUCGUGACGUUUCAACAGUGCUUACUAAAAUUCCCUUGCCAGCAGACGCUGACCCUUGUGAAUGAUAGCGAUCUUCCAGGCUGCUACAGGGUUCUUCCUCAGAAACACAAGGAGGAUGCUGCUGUGUGGUACUCCAGCCCCAUGCCGUGUGGCAUUAUCCAGCCUCACAGCUCGGUGGAGGUCCCGUUUACACUGGAAGUCCAGGUGAUGGGAAAGCAGGACACCAUUGCUCAUAUCGCAGUGUUUGGAAGUGAAGGAUCCCCACUG